AUGGAGCGCCGGCAUGGGCACCCCCCUCGGCCCGGGCCGCCGCGCCCCGAUCACCCGCCUCCGGUGAAUGAUCGGCUCGGCUGGCGUCCGGCUCCCAGGCCGAGGGAUCCCGAGCGGCGUCACCGUGAUGGGUCGUCCCCUGCGGGCCCCUUUUCCGGCUCCUCCUCCCCUUUCUCCUCGUCUCUCUCAUCGGUGGCCUCCCAUCGGCGGCGGCGGUGGCGCUCCCGGUCGCCGCCACGGUCUCGAGGACGCCAUGGGGAUGGCCCUCCCGAUGGCGAGCGUCCUCCCGGCCGCGAGCGCGAUCGUCCCCAGGGCUCAUGGCAUGCCCGUUCUCCGGGACCUGAGCAUCACCGACUCCGGGACAUCGAGCACAGUCGCCUCCAGGAGCCGGGGGGCGACCAUAGUCAUGGCCGCCAGCAGGACCGGGCCCGGGCCCGCGACUUCGAUCGUGACUUUGAUCGCAACUUCGAUCGUGACUUUGAUCGCAACUUCGAUCGUGACUUUGAUCGCAACUUCGAUCGUGACUCCGAUCGUAACUUCGAUCGACACCAUGAGCGUGGUCGCCGCCCGAGCCACAAUGGCAGCCACAGCGGCGGUCACAGCGGCGGUCACAGCGGCGGUCACAGCGCAAGUUACAGCGGUGAUCACAGCGGAAGUUACAGCGACGGUCACAGCAGCAGCCACAGUGGUCGCCAGCGCUUCCAGGACUACGAUCACAGGCGAGGCCGCGAUGAUGACAGCAGCCGUGACCGUGACCAUCGGAGGACCUACCGGCCAGGCUACCCGCCGGACCGCCGGCGCGAUCGCCCACAGGAUCACCGCCAUUUGGACCUCCUAUCUCCAGCAAGGCGAAGUCGCAGCCCCUCGCCGGUUUCUCGCCGGCGACGCAGCCCCUCGCCUCCUGUCCGCCGGCGACGGAGCCCCUCGCCUCCUGUCCGCCAGCGACGCGGCAUCUCGCCGGCGCCGGCGUCACCAGGCCGGCGCAGCCCGUCGCCACACUUUCAGACCCAGUGGAGCUCGCCCCUCGAGCUCCAGCAGCCGAGAAGCCCGCCGUCCUUGCAGUCGCCCGGGUCCCAGCACCCGGCCCCCCGCGAGGGGGCCCCCGUCCCGGACCUCUCCUCCUUUGCGGUGAAUUACUCGCCCCCGGCGUCGGACGAGCUCCCAGGCAGCAGCCAACCCAAGGAGACGGUCACCACGGCAGUCGUCACCACGCACUUGCCCGUCGCGGGCUCCAAUGCCCCGAUCUCGGGGACGAUGCGCGUGUUCGACCGGUCAAGUGCCGCCAAAGCCACCCAGGCCCCCCCAACCCCGGACCCUGCGCUGAGCAGGCCGGCUGUGCCGGUGGCCGGGCCCCACACCUGCCCCGCGCACCCGGUGGGGCCCCUCCGCGAGGGGUUCCUCUCGAGCGAGGAGACCACCCUGGCGCUGGUGCGCACGUCGCUGGCCCAGGCGGGCCCGGGCUUUGCCGACGUGCUCACCGACCCGGAGGCCGCCGGCCGGCACAUGGCCGCGCUCCUGGGCGGGCAGGCUCCAAUCCGGGUGGAGCUUCUUCUGCCGGAUGGCAGCGCCGAGCCCUACCUGCUGGUGGACUUGACGCUCGUCCAGCGGUUGGCACUUCUGGCCACACGCGGCGGCGGCGGCGGCCCCGGCGGAGCCACCCCCAGUGCGCUGGAUCUGCCGUCGGUGGCCUCGUGCGAGCGGCUCACCCGGCACACGAACGACUACGACCCGCUGGUGGAUCUGGCCCAGACACUGCUGGUCCUUUCGACCGACCUGCCGGAGAAGUACGACCAGCUGGCGGCCCCGGGCCCGGGGCCGGAUGCCUGUCCCGGGCAGCUCGUGGCCGACCCGGCGGCGGCCGACUUUUCCGAUGGCUGGCGCGCGCGGGUCGAGCAUGCGGCCAUGGCGCGCGAUGCCGAGGCCCUCCGCCUGCUGGCCGGGGAAUUCAAUGCCGCCAUGCGCCGGCGCCUGUGUGCCGGCCUCUACCAGCCCGGCCGGACGCCCAUGUCCUACACCACCGCCGUGCACAUUUGGCGGCAGUCCUACUCCCGGGUGGUGGACGACCCGAGCUCCCUCAACCAGUAUGAGGGCUUCAGCCCGGAUGUCUAUGGCGAGACCUUGCCGGCAUUGGUGCUGGACAUUUUGCGCCAUGCGGCGCCGGUGGGCCUGGCGGACGCCCAGGCAUCGAGGCCCGGCGGCCCGGGGGGGGGCGACCCGGCCACCCCGGCGCCCGGCGGCGACCUGGGCCCCUUGCGGCUCCGGCGCUUUGUGGACCUGGGCUCCGGGCUGGGCAACGUGGUGUUCAUGGUGGCGGCCUUGCGCCUGUGUCGGAGCUUCGGCAUCGAGCGCAUGCCCCGGCCGGCGGCAUAUGCCCGGGGCUUGGAGCGCGAGCUGCGCGCCCGGUGCGCGCACUUCCGCAAGCUGGUCGGCCGGUUCCGCCUGGUGGAGGGGGACUUCCUCCUGUCGGCGGAAUCGGCCCAGGCCGUGGCCGAGGCGGACCUGGUGUAUGUCAACAACAAGGUUUUCGACCCGCCGACCAACCUCGGCCUGCUGGACCAGUUCCUGUCCCUGCGCGAUGGGGCUCGCGUGGUGUCCUUCCAGCCCUUCUCCGACUCGUACCGGCGCUUGCGUCGGGCCGAGGCCGGGGGCGGGCCCCGGGGCGCGCGCGCCGGCACCGCCUCGCGGCCGGGCUCCACCGAGUCGGACGACAGCCUCGGCCCGACGGCGGCGGCGGCGGCGGCGGCAUCGGCAUCGGCGUCCUCGGUGUCAUCAUCCUCAUCGUCCUUGCCGCUGGGCGGCGAGUGCGACGACACGAUUGACAUCUCCGGGCGCAUGAUCCACGACCCGGCGGCCAUCUUCCGCAUCCAGACCUUCGACUACCACCGCCGGGAUGGGGUGUCGUGGACCAACUCCGGGGUCAGCUACUACGUGCAUACGGUCGACCGGGACCGCCUACGCCGAGCCCAGGAGCAGUUUGAGGCCCGGGAGCUGGCCGCCGAGCGGGCGGAACUCUCCCGCGCCGGGGUCCGGCGCUCCGCCCGCCGGGCAGGGGGGUAG